AUGACCGAGAAACGGAUGUCGCGGUGGUAUUUCGGGGUUGCGUCCUGUGGAGCCGCCUGCUGCACGCAUCCUCUGGAUCUCCUCAAGGUACACCUGCAGACACAGCAGGAGGUGAAGAUGAGGAUGAUGGGGAUGGCUGUUCAUGUGGUGAAGAGCGACGGUGUGCUGGCUCUUUAUAACGGCCUCUCUGCCUCACUUUGCAGACAGAUGUCCUAUUCCCUCACCAGAUUUGCCAUCUAUGAGACAGUGAGGGACAUGAUGGGCAGCACAAGCCAGGGCCCCAUGCCCUUUUACCAGAAGGUCGUGCUGGGAGCCUUUGGAGGUUUCACUGGUGGGUUUGUUGGCACGCCGGCAGACAUGGUGAACGUCAGGAUGCAGAAUGACAUGAAACUACCACCAGAACUGAGGAGAAACUACAAACAUGCCAUUGAUGGGCUCUUCAGAGUCUUCAGAGAAGAGGGUGUGAGGAGACUGUUCUCAGGAGCCACUAUGGCCUCCAGCAGAGGAGCGAUGGUCACUGUGGGACAGUUGGCGUGUUAUGACCAGGCCAAGCAGCUCGUGCUGGGAACAGGCAUGAUGGGCGACAACAUACUCACACACUUUCUCUCCAGCUUCAUUGCUGGAGGCUGUGCUACAUUCUUGUGUCAACCUCUGGAUGUACUAAAGACGAGGCUGAUGAACUCAAAGGGAGAGUACACAGGGGUGACUCAUUGCUUACGAGAAACUGCCAAGCUGGGUCCGCUGGCGUUUUACAAGGGUCUCGUCCCCGCAGGGAUCCGCUUGAUUCCUCACACAGUACUCACCUUCAUCUUCCUUGAGCAGCUGAAGAAGUACUUUGGCAUUCGCAUCAUCUCCUGAGCAUGCUCGGUGACUGGCCGCUCUCCAAACCAUCCACCGACACUGCCGCACACAUCACCCCGUGAAGGGGGCAGAAAGGGAAUCAUGUACAGUUUACUAUGGGCUCGUGCAUGUUUCCGUUCGCUCUACCUCUGUCUCACAACUACAGAUGAAAUGAUUUUGAUAAUUUUAUAUAUAUAUAUAUAUAUAUAUAUAUA